AGCUUGGCCGCCACACCAUACAAGUGCACAAAACAGGUAGAGUUUAAUUUGUCUGUUUUUAAUUAUAGGGCACUGAUGAAAUGAGUCACUUUACAUCCACAAACACAUGGGAUUAUUGUGCUGCAACACCAGAAGUGUGCGAUUGGCAAAUCACGUGUGACACCCUCAGCUGAACCUUGAAGAUCAGCUUGGCGAAGGGAGUUUAGGCUGCAAAGGAAGGAACAAACUACAGAACAAUUGACUUUCAUUAUGCUUGCCUGAAAAUCACAUGUCUCGAGCCGCCCUGCAUAAGUAGUGCCUAACCACAAAGGAGCACAUUUCACUCACUCACUCGAAAAGGGUCUUUUGGCAUACAGAUGAUUACAGCCGAGGAGGACUGCUGAAUAUCGUGGAAGGCUUGAAUCAUGGAGGUAGUGGCACAUCUGAUAUCUUGUACAGUAACUGAGCAUCAGAGGAUGAAAAGGAGGUGAAACUGAAUAUUGCAUUCCAGGAGGCUCAUACAAGGAUGUACUUCUAUAAACAAACUGACUCCUAACCUUCAGCCACACCGGCACAGAUUCAACAGGACAAAAUUUGCACAGACCCCCCAAGUGAAAGAAAUAAUGCCACUGGGACAGUUAGCCAAAGGAGCCAGUUUAGAAGAGCUUAUUGAAAGUUGCAUUCAGUCAUUUGAUGCCGAAGGAAGGCUGUGUCACAGUAAUCAGAUUUUGGAAGUAACCCUGACCAUGCAUAGACUCAUCAUGACAUCAUCUGACCUGCUAGAGCGGCUCAUCAUGCUUUAUAAAAAUGCUUUAGAUAAGAAGAGCCUAAUAGACUGUUUGAAAAUCUGUUACCUUGUCAGAUACUGGAUUACCGAGUUGUGGGUAAUGUUUCGAGUAGAUACUAGGCUAACAGACACCAUGGAACAGUUUCAGGAAAUGGUUCGAGAAUACGGACAUGAUGAACACUGCCGCUUGAUAGACACUUCACAGAUAAAUGCAAGAGAAUGGUCCAGGAAGAUUACCCAAAGAAUAAAACCAAACAGCAGUAAGAAAAGGAAAGUGUCCUUGCUGUUUGACCACCUAGAACCUGAAGAGCUAGCGGAACACUUGACGUACCUCGAGUUCAAGUCCUUCCGCAGGAUAUCGUUUGCAGACUACCAGAAUUAUGUAGUGAAUGGCUGUGUGAAGGAUAAUCCGACGAUGGAGCGCUCUAUCGCACUUUGCAAUGGCAUCUCCCAGUGGGUGCAGCUGAUGGUGCUGAGCAGACCAACCCCACAACUUCGAGCUGAAGUGUUCACAAAGUUCAUCCAUGUAGCCCAGAAACUUCAUCAUAUCCAGAACUUCAAUACUCUAAUGGCAGUCGUUGGAGGCUUAUGCCACAGUUCUAUCUCAAGGCUCAAAGAGACAACGUCGUAUGUGCACAGUGACGUUCAUAAGGUUCUUAAUGAAAUGACAGAGCUGCUCUCCUCUUUUCACAACUAUGACAGUUACAGAAAAGUGUUCAAUGAAUGCACGGACUUUAAGAUUCCAAUCCUGGGAGUUCAUCUGAAAGACCUUAUUUCAGUUUAUGAGGCCAUGCCUGACUAUCUUGAAGAGAAAAAGAUUAAUGUGCAUAAGCUGCAGACACUUUAUACGCAUAUAAAUGAGCUGAUACAACUCCAGCAGAUUGCACCUCGUCUGGAUGCUAACAAGGACUUGGUUCAUUUGCUUACGCUCUCCCUUGACAUUUUCUACACUGAAGACGAGAUCUACGAGUUGUCUUACGCACGUGAGGCCAAGAACAGCAAGGCACCGCCAAUGACGCCGUCCAGACCUCCAGUAGUUGCUGAGUGGGCUUCUGGUGUUGCCCCUAAACCAGAUCCGAAGACCAUUAGUAAACAUGUUCAACGAAUGGUGGAUUCUGUCUUCAAAAAUUAUGACCAUGACCAGAAUGGCUACAUUUCACAUGAGGAUUUUGAAAAGAUUGCUGCUAGUUUCCCCUUCUCCUUCUGUGUAAUGGAUAAACAAAAGGAAGGCCUGGUCAGCAGAGAAGAGAUUACGGCCUAUUUCAUGAGGGCCAGCGUAAUUUGUUCCAAACUUGGUCUUGGGUUUAUUCACAACUUCCAGGAGACCACGUACAUGAAGCCAACGUUCUGUGACAAUUGUGCAGGAUUUCUCUGGGGUGUCAUUAAGCAGGGAUACAGAUGUCGAGACUGUGGGAUGAAUUGUCACAAACAAUGCAAAGACUUGGUAGCUUUUGAGUGCAAGAAGAAUACAAAGAAUAACCCCACCGAGAACAGUCCAACGUUGAGCUCACAUCACCCUGUGCUGUGCCCACCAGAGUACAGAACGUAUGACCACGGUAUUGAAGACGGGUCCUUUUCAUACCUUAACGGUGAAGAUCCUGAGCAUUCGGACAAAAACAGAGACUGGGAUGAAACGACUUCUUACAUUAAGAGGUCUUGUGCAGUGUCAGUCCACAAAAGCACCCAGACGGAAGGUGUGCCGCCAUCUGAAGCAGCACUCUUACAACCAAAUAUGCUUUCUCCUUGUCAUUCGCCACUCACACCCUGUCCAAGUCCCAUUCCUGUUCGUAAAAGAGCCUAUGCAAAGUGGGAAAACAGAGCCUCCACUGUGCAGAAGCAGAAGGAAGACGAGGACGACCCGCAUAAGCUAACGUACCAGCAGCUGGAAAUGGACAAGUGCACCCUCCAAAAGUCAAACGAGACUUUGAGGCGGAAAUUAAAGGAGGCAGAACGAGAAAUUGAGAUCCUUAAAACUCUGCUGAGAAGACACACUCUUCACCCUCUUGAUCCGGAUGACUCCUCCUGAGACCAGCGUGAAUGAUGAGCAAGAAGGGCAGAGGAGUCGUGCGAAGGAAUGAAGGACGUUCUGCCUUUUCCUGUCAGAGAACUGAGCACUAAAGCCCAUCAUGCGUCCUGUCUGUGGUGUGCAGGGUACGCCGUGUUUGACCACCACAUGGCCCGUGUACUUACAGAGCACAGAGUUAACUUGGACAGACCUUCUUUUGAUUAAAAAUGUGCUUUAUCUUGUCAAUGAAAUCCCUAUGUUGGUGACUUUUACUGUCAUUGAGAAUUUUAAUAUUUCAGCUAGGAUCGAGAGUGUACUUAUAUUAAUGGCACAGAAAAUGAAAGAUCAACUUCGCUCUUAGAAGAACUUUAAAAAUUGCAAAACAUUUGUGUGUUAUUUGGUGAAAAUUACAUUAUCAUGCCAUGAAGACUGAAUGAGCGUCAACAGGCCUCAGCGGCUUUUGCCUUAUCGCUGGCCGGCGUUGUGUUUUCUGAAUCACUAAACAUGUGCACAUUACAAGAGCGUAUGGACGCCAUUUAAACGUCUGAUCUUGUACCCCUGGAGUGCCCCGGUGACGUCAACGGAUGAAGUGACAGGCUGGCAGAGCACUCAUGUGACUGACACCAAGCUUUUGAUUUCAGUAAGAGAUGGCAGACAAGAUAAAAGACUCCCACAGCAGACAGGCUUGAGAGCAGUUCAUCGUCACAUGCACUCCCGGCUGACGCUGACGUCUCAUCAUCUUCGUUUUAUCCAAACAGUGUUGUACAGAAGGUGUCGAGUGUGGCAUUAUGAGUGAAUAUUUAUUUCUUACGUUUUGUUUCACUAUUUGCACAACAGAAAAUGUUUUGCAAAAAUUAAUUAUUGCCACGUUUACAAAUGUUUUAGUACCAAAAAAAAAAAUGAGAAAAGUAAGAGUGAACUUACAGCUAGUCCUAAACAGGCCCUCCAUAAUAUUUGGGAUGAAGAUGCAGUUUUCCUUGAUUUUCCCCCUCUGUUCCACAGUUUAAAAUUCCAAAUCAAGCCAUUCAGACGUCGUGAUUAAAGUGCACAUUGCUGACUUUCAUUUAAGGGGAUUUGCUGACGUUUGGUCACACUGAUUAGAAAUGACAACACUUUUUCUACACGGUCUCUCCAAUUCAGGGGACCAUGUUUGGCGUCACAGAUGUUUGUGAUUCCUCAGGUGGGUUUCAUAAGACACCUCGGCUCACUUCUACCCUUUGGAGUUGCCAUCAUUAAAACAUGAGGAGAAGAGCUGUGCCAGUGAAAGUCAAAGAGGCCAUUAUGACGCUGAAAAGCAAGAAUAAAACCAUUAGAGACAAUCAGUAAAACCUUAGGAUGACUUGAAUCAACUGUCUGGGAUAUCAUGAAGAAGAAAGAACACACUAGUGAGCUCAAGAAUCACCAAGGGACUGGUAGGCCAAGGAAGACCACCACUGCUGUUGACAGAAGAAUCUGCACUGUGGUCAAGAAAAAGACCCCAAAUGCCUGUCCAACAGAUCAGAAACAGUCUUCAGGGUGGUGAUGUGGAUGUGUCAGAGAUGACUAUCAGCAGAAGACUUCAUGAACAGAAAAACAGAGAACACACUGCAAGAUGCAAACCACUAAAACAGGAGGGCCAGGUUAGAGUUUGAGAAAAGGACUUAAAAGAACCUACAGAAUUCUGGGAAUGUGUCUUGUGGACAGACGAGACAAAGAUGGACCUCAUCAGAGUGAUGGCAAAAGCAAUGUGUGGAGACCAAAAGGAACUGCCCAAGAUCCAAAGCAGACCACCUCAUCUGUUCAACAUGGUGGUCGGGGUGUUAUGGCUUGGGCAUGUAUGGCUGCCACAGGUUCUGGCACACUUCUCUUCAUCGAUGAUGGAACUGCUAACAGCAGUUGCACAAUGAAUUUUGAUCUUCUCAAAUUCCAGUAAAUGUCUCCAAACUCACUGGAUGGCACUUCAUCCUACAACAAGAUAGUGAUUCCAACCUACUGCUGAGGCAACAUAGGAACUUUACAAAGCUAAAAAAUGGAAAUUCUUGGGUGGCCAAGCCAGUCACCUGAUUUAAAUCCAACUGAGCAGGCCUUCCAUAUGCUGAAGGGGACAAGCGACCGAAACAAGCAGGAGCUGAAGAUGGCACAAUAGAGGCUUGGCAGAGAAGAUCCUCAGCACCUGCUGAUGUCUGUAAAUCACAGACUUGAAGCAGUCAUUACAUGCAAGUGGUAUGUGGCAAAGUGCUAAAUAAGGCAGCUUUAAAAGACCUGCCAUUGCUGUGUCCCAAACAUUAUGGUGCCCUAAAAUUAUGGGGGGGAGGUCGUGUAGAAAAAGUGUUGUCAUUAGUACAUGUUGUGACCUAAACGUUUACAAAGCCCCUUAAAUGAAAGUCUGCAUUGUGCAUUUUAAUCACAAUGUCUGAAUGGUUUAGUUUGUCAUUUUAAACUGUGGAGCAGAGGGGCACAUCAAGGAGAAAUGUGUCUUUGUCCCAAACAUUAUGGAGGGCACCGUGAGUAGAAUUUUCCAGAAUGUGUACUUAAUUAACAUUAUAAUUCGGCAGUAUGUACUGUAUCAUGUAAAUAGCUGUGUAAUUUUUGUAUAGUUUUGUUCCGAAGGAGCCGCGUUAUUCCUGAGCUGGUAUGGAUUUGCUGUCCGCCGUGCUGUGUGGUGAAUUCAGAGUGUUAGUCGCUUCUUUAUUUUGUCCACAGCCGACUCGUCCGAUGGACUCACAAGUGUGCUGUAAAGACGCAGUAAGUGCAGAAGGGUGACUUUUUUUUAUUCUUAUUGUAUUUUGUAAAAUGUUGAGAGCUCAUGUAUAUAGACGGUGUAUAUACGGCGUCCCUGUAAACUUGGUGUAAUGUAGCGACUAGCGUUUAUUGUAUAAAGGACUUCCUUCCAAAAUGUUUGUUCACAAUGCUGUUAUUCCGACUAUUUAAGUAUUUACUUCCCGAAGUGGAAGUAGCAUUUUAAUGGGAGUAUUAAAGGUAUUAUUGCAGUAGAAAUGUGACAUAACCCGUCCAGUCUGUAUGUGAAGCUAAACCCUGAACUUUACUAAUAAAUGACGAUGAAACACUU